CAGAAAAAAGAAAAAGAAAAGAAAACUAAAGGAAGAAUAUAAGGUUGUUCACGCAGAAGAGACGAAAACUCUCUAUCCCUGUACCAAAGGUGAACUACGAAUGGAUCGCUUGGAAACCUCAAAUGAUUCGUCUUCUGGGUCUCUUCGUCUUGCCGUAAAGAUUAAGGAGGACGUGAGGUUUUGAUUGGUGAGAUAUAUAUAUUAAGCUGAGAACUUCUUGCCGCCAUUGAGAACAAACUAAUUUAACUGGGAACAGUUCUAUUCCAUUUCUCAGCUUUAUGGUAAAGUGCGGUGUCUCUUUGUUUUGCAUUUCUUUUCUUAUCAAGCUUUCCAACUGUACACAAGGCAUUCCAAUUCCUUUGCUCCUAAUACAAUUGGCCGAGGGGAUGGUAUCUCCCCCCAUUGAUACUAGAUAGAGUCUUGGUGGUUUUGAGCAGAUUCAUCUAGGAUAACCUUUUCUUCUGAUUAAGAUAUUUAGCCAUCAAAGGUUGUCCUGGAAUUGAUUUACUAAUAUAUUGCAACCAGUAAGAUAUUGAUGGGGGCAUUCUUAAGUCUAAACAAUUCCAGGGCUGGAAUGAGUGAGCCCUUAGAUGUUUCACAAAAUGGAACAUGCAAAAGGCAGAAGUUGUCAUCAUGUCUUUCUGAAGAGAAUUCAAGAUUGAUUCCUAGCCUUCCGGAUGAGAUAUCUUAUCAGAUUCUUGCCAGAAUUCCGAGGAUUAAUUACUUGAAUGUGAGGUUAGUAUCUCGAGCCUGGAAAGCUGCCAUCAUGAGUACUGAACUUUUUAAUACAAGGAAAGAACUAGGAACAACAGAAGAAUGGCUCUAUAUAUUGACUAAGGUUGAAGGUGACAAGCUUUUGUGGUAUGCUUUGGAUCCAUUGUCAAGAAGGUGGCAGAGGUUGCCUCAAAUGCCCAAUGUUGCUUUUGAAGCUGAAUCCAGGAAACGUUUAGCUAGCCUUCGGAUGUGGAAUGUGGUUGACUCUGGCAUAAAAAUUGCAGAUGCCAUUAGGGGUUGGCUUGGGAGGAAGGAUGCAUUGGACAGAAUGCCUUUUUGUGGGUGUGCUAUUGGUGCUGUUGAUGGCUGCCUCUACGUGUUAGGAGGAUUCUCUAGAGCGUCAGCCCUGAGCUGUGUUUGGCAGUAUAAUCCAGUUCUAAAUUCGUGGAAUGAAGUAAGUUCAAUGUCAACUGGUAGAGCCUACUGUAAGACUGGCAUCUUAAACAAUAAGCUAUAUGUUGUUGGAGGGGUUACCAGGGGCCAUGGUGGAUUAACUCCACUUAAGUCUGCUGAAGUGUUUGAUCCUCAUACUGGUAUAUGGUCCCAACUACCAAGCAUGCCCUUUUCAAAAGCUCAGAUUCUACCCACGGCCUUUCUGGCUGAUCUACUCAAACCGAUUGCCACAGGAAUGACAUCAUAUAGGGGAAGGUUAUUUGUGCCUCAAAGUUUAUAUUGCUGGCCAUUUUUUGUUGAUGUUGGAGGGGAGGUAUAUGAUCCCGAUGUAAAUUCUUGGGUUGAAAUGCCAGCUGGCAUGGGUGAUGGUUGGCCUGCAAGACAGGCAGGAACAAAAUUGAGUGUCACCGUGGAUGGUGAGCUGUAUGCACUCGAUCCAUCUAAUUCUCCUGAAAGUGUGAGGAUUAAGGUAUAUGAUUACCAAGAUGAUGCAUGGAAAGUUGUAGUGGGAGAGGUCCCCAUUCCUGACUUUACUGAUUCAGAUUUUCCCUAUUUACUUUCUGGUUUACUGGGAAAGCUUCAUGUGAUCACUAAAGAUGCCAACAACAAUAUUUCAGUCUUGCAGGCUGAUGUGCAAAACCAUUCAUUGGAUAGCUCACCUGGUGCACAUCCCGAGUCUGCAGAACCUGCAACAGCAUUUGAAACGGAUCUUUGGAGGGUUAUUGCCACAAGGACGACCGGAUCUUCCGAACUAGUAAGUUGUCAGGCACUCAAUAUCUAGCGCCACUGUUGGACUACUUAGGGAUCUAAGUUUCAACUUUCCGAAAAUUAUUUGGUUGCCCUUAUUUGUUUCACUAGAUCUGUUGAUUUUACAAGCGGCACACUGAAAUUGGGAUUUAUGUAAGUUAUAACCUUUACUCUUGUAUCCUUGUAUAAUAUAAAGCAAAGGAAUUCUCUUGAACUGGAAAACAAGUGCCUGUUGUUUAUCUUACCUUGAUUUCACGGCUCCUUUAAGUGACGGUACAAUAUUCAGUA